AUGCUAAAAAAACCCAGAGGAACAUAUGAUCAUUGUGUCACUAAUAUUAGAAAUACAGAUAUAGUCGCGAUUACAUGGAAAGACACGAAAAAUGUAAAUUUAUUGUCAACUUUUGCUGCUAUUGAGCCUGUUACGAAAGUUAGUAGAUAUGAUAGGAAAAUGAAUAAAAGAGUUGAAGUGGAUUGUCCCCAUAUUAUAAAAGUAUACAAUACUCACAUGGGAGGUGUCGACUUACUGGAUGGAUUACUUGGAAGGCACAAAAUUAAAAUGCGAAGUCGCAAGUGGUAUAUGCGAUUAUUUUAUCACUUACUAGACGUCACCAUCGUAAAUUCUUGGCUGUUACACAAACGAAUCCAAAAUCAAAAAUUAGACAACAAUAAUGUUUUACCAUUAAUGGAAUUUAGAGAACAACUUGCCAUAACUUUGUGUAAACUUGGUGAAAAUAAUACGCCAAAACGAGGACGCCCAUCAACUGAUAUUGAAAUAGACCCAAAAGCCAGAGUUCAACCCAACAGAUUAGAUUCCCUAAUGCUGUUAAGUAUUGAAAAAGAUAUUUUAGAUACAGUUGAUAUAAGUAAAAUAGCAACACAGUGGUUCAGUAUAAAACAAAGGAGAAUUCAAUUUUAA